AUGCGUGCAGCCACUCCUGCAAUAUUUAAAAAAAAAAAAAAAAGAGUGCAAAAGUAUUGAAACGCGUCGUUUCGCUCGGACCACGGGCGCCGAUAUGCCCGUAAGAAGAAGCUUAUACAAAUAUACAAUCCGAGUAUCUGUUGUGUAUCUGACGACGAAUUGUUCAUUGAAAGGGGAGGGAGGAGAAAUAGGAAAUAGUCAUGUCAAGAUCGCUAGUUCGACGCUUCACGCCAUUUUUUACAGCUCGAAUUCGACAGAACCAGAGGCUUCUGAGCUCCUCUUCUGCGUCUGUUCUUCACCAUGCCUCUCCCUCAUCUCCGUCCUCGUCGUCUUCUGCCGAGCCAGUUCAAAUGACUGAAAAUUGUAUUCAAAGAAUGAAAGAACUAGUAUCCAAUGAAUCAUCAACGGAUGGGAAAAUGCUCCGUUUGAGUGUGGAAACUGGUGGAUGUUCUGGAUUCCAAUAUGUUUUCAAUCUGGAUGACAGAAUAAAUUCAGAUGACAGAGUUUUCGAGAGGGAAGGUAUUAAAUUAGUUGUUGAUAAUAUUUCCUAUGAUUUUGUAAAAGGGGCAACUGUUGACUAUGUUGAGGAGCUAAUACGCUCAGCUUUCAUAGUAACGGAAAACCCAAGUGCUGUUGGUGGUUGUAGUUGUAAGAGUUCAUUCAUGGUGAAACUGUAGUUACUUUGCAAGUUCCUCCUGACUCCUCCCGCUGCUCAGAUAUUUUAAUGAUCUCGGUCCUAGUAUACUAUGUAGUCUGCUGAGGUACAUUUUUGUAUCUCUAUAGGCGGAAAACAAAACAAUUCAUUCAUCUGAUGACAGAUUUAUUGAAUGUAUGAUGCGGAUAUACUCAAAAUAAGAUCAGGCCGGCAAAUAAGAUAUAGGCUGCAGCAAGCUGCUAAUGGAAAUAUUGAGUGGAAGAUGAUGGCGAUGCUUUCAGGAGGGUGUCCUUAAAAAGUAAAUUGACGAUAGCUCUGGACGGCAUGCUGCAUACUCUUUCGUCUAGUCGAUCAGAUACAAGAGAAUCAAGUCGUCAUUACAAAUAUCAUAAUUUAUGAGAAGGAACUGUUAAAAAUCCAGGGAGAUUUCAUUUUUUGAGACGUACAUUAGAAAACUGUAUGACUGAAUGGUGAAAGAAAGGAAAUAAGGGAAGGAUAUCUCAAAACAGUUUGAUUUC